GCGAGGCAGCCGCGGAAGGAUCGAUAGUACAAAGAGCGCGCGAGAGGGAGAGACGACAGUAAUAAGGAUAUCCACGCGAUGACGACGACGACGAGGAGACGAGACGGCAGACGCGGCGCCCUCGUUGCCUCCGCCUGCCUCUUCCUCCUCCUCCUCCUACCCUCUGCCGCGCCGUCGUCGUCCUCCUCCGGCUCCAGCUUCAGCUCCCCCCAGCAGCAGAGCAAGAUCAUCACCCAUCUCCCUGGCUUCGACGGCCCCCUCCCCUUCCAGCUCCAAACGGGGUAUGUCGAGGUGGAUGAGAGCAAUGGCGUUCGCCUCUUCUACUACUUCAUCCGGUCGGAGAGGGACCCGGCGAAGGACCCCGUCAUGGUCUGGCUGACUGGUGGGCCAGGGUGCUCCGCCUUCUCCGGCCUUGUCUAUGAGAUCGGCCCUCUAAGUUUCGACCGUCGUACCGACGUCAACGGCUUUCCCAAGUUGCUCUACAAACCAGACUCAUGGACCAAGGUGAGCAAUAUCAUCUUCAUCGAUUCCCCCGUAGGAACCGGCUUCUCGUACUCCAAAACAGAGCAAGGAUACAAAUCAAGUGAUACCAAAGUCGUCACCCAAAUUGUCACCUUCAUCAGAAAGUGGUUUGAUGAACACCCAGAGUUCUUGUCGAACCCUUUUUACGUCGCUGGUGAUUCCUACUGUGGUAUUACUGUGCCAGGCAUCACCCUUGGAAUAGCUAAAGGGAUAGAAGAUGGCAGUGGAUCAGAUCUCAAUCUAAAGGGCUACCUUGUGGGGAAUCCAGUCACAGAUUAUUGGUACUACGAUAAUCCAGCUAAAAUUCCAUUUGCAAACGGGAAGGGUCUCAUAUCUGACGAAAUGUACCAGGCGUACAAGGAGAGCUGCGGUGCAUGGGAAUUCAGCGAGGAGUGCGCAAAAAGUCAUGAAGCCAUCGACGAGUGUGUCAAGGACAUAUGCCCAAACCACAUCCUGGAGCCCCUGUGUGCUUUCGCGAGCCCGCGCCCAUACAAACUGAAGCUGAAUUCAGGCCCACGAGAGGUGCUCCAGCUGCAGGAGGACUAUGCUGCCGAUGCCACGGCCGGGCUUCAGUUGUCUGAGAUUUCUACAGAGUGCAGAACGGCGGAAUAUGCACUCUCCAUGAUAUGGGCGAACAAUGGCACUGUCAGAGAGGCUCUUGGUAUCCACAAGGGAACGGUUCCUUCAUGGCUAAGAUGCAACUUCGACAUACGGUACACCAACGAUAUUUUCAGUUCGGUGGAGCACCAUCUGGAUGUGACCACCAGAGGCUACAGGAGCCUGAUCUACAGCGGCGAUCAUGACAUGAUCGUACCGUCCAUCGGCACCCAGGCCUGGAUCAGGUCUCUCAACUUCUCCGUUGUGGAUGAGUGGAGGCCGUGGUAUGUGGAUGCACAAGUUGCAGGAUAUACAAGGUCAUACUCAAAUAACCUCACCUUCGCAACUGUCAAGGGCGGUGGACAUACUGCUCCGGAGUACAUGCCAAAGCAAUGCCUUGCUAUGUUUGCAAGGUGGCUUUCUGGUGAGCCUCUUUGAUGGUGUACAUGAAACCUCCGGUGGUGGUUAUUGUGUCCAUCACGUUGUAACUGUGGAAAUUAUAAGAUGGCUGAAUAUUAUGUUGUAUUAAUCUGACCUUUGUAGGGGUAUAUAUACGAGUACAUGUGAGGGGAGAGAGACUUGGAGUAGAGGGCAAGUCAUACAUGAUUUAAACA